AUAGUCCAGUGCAGUCCUUUUUUCAAAUCGGAUUUUGUUUAUCGUUAAGAUAACAACAAAAGUAAAUGUAUGCUUUGAUUUUGAAUAUUUGUAAACAUUAGGUAACAUUGUCAUUGUUUUCACUCGGUAAUUGAUGCACAAGCACCUGCUCUUUCGAUGAUUAAUUUUCCAUAUUUGGGACAUUGUGGCUAGGGUUUCCAUGGAUUAACCAAUCAGAGUGUAGCGAUUUAAAAUUUUCUCAUAAAGAACAACCAAUCAAAGCUGAGUAAUUUGAAUCUAUUACUGUUCUUUGUCCAGUGGGUUGAACGUGGAUCCGACAUUUUUUUCACCUGUGUCUAUUACUUCCUGGAUUUUUGCAUGUUUUUCGGAAAUACUGGAAUACACAACUAAAGACUAAAAGUGACAGUUAUCAAGUCAGAAAUUCUGUUGAAAAUACAUUAGCCAGAAUGAUGGCGAGUAUGCCCUACCCUAAUGUGAAUGACAUGGAUUUUCUGGAUUCAGUUUCUCUUGACAAUGAUCUGCAGAAGGAGAUGGAAAAAAUUCUCCAGGGAUCAGACAAAUUUACUUUCGACAACUAUCUUUCAUCUGGUACUGCAACUGAAAGCAGCAAUCAUGGUUUUAAUUUUGACACUAGUGCUACAAUAGAUGAAUGGAUACAAAACUUUCAGUGUGAAGAUGUCACAAAAUUCAAUCAAAAUUUAUUGGACAACUCAUUUGAAAUAGAAAACAAUAAUCCAAAUUUGUUAGUUAAUCCACAGAAUGUGCUACAACAGACAUUUGUUCGACCUUUCAGAAGGGUCGCUCAACCAGAAGCUGUAACAGUUAAAGUGGAGGCAACAGAGGACGAUGUUGUCGUGCACCAAGUGCCAAACGCUCAUUUUCAACAUCCGUCAACUCAAUCAGACAAUGUACGAAGUUUUGUAAAGAUUCAACCUGCAGGAUCACAACGUAAUUUUACACUAUCACAUUCAAAUGUAAAUAUAAACAAUAACACGAUUACACAUGUACAGAAUUUCAAACAGCAAGAAGGUUCGCCAUCUCAAAGAUCUCCCGUCCUUGUCAAGCAUUUACAUAAUGGAAUUAGUACUACACAACCAAAUAAUUUCUCAUAUUCAUCGUCCAGCGGUCAAAAUAUUCCAAAUGUGCCAAAUUCUAGUGACAUUGUUGACAAAGUCUUCCCCAAACCUGUUUAUUCCUAUAGCUGUCUAAUCUCUAUGGCGCUGAAGAACAGUAAGAAUGGAAGUUUACCUGUCAGUGAAAUCUACAACUUUAUGAUAACCCAUUUCCCGUACUUUAAGACAGCCCCUGAUGGUUGGAAGAAUUCUGUACGCCACAAUUUGUCCCUUAAUAAGUGCUUUGCUAAAGUUGAUACCCCCAAGUUAAAUGGGAAUGCCAAGAAAGGAUGUUUGUGGGCCCUCAAUCCAGAGAAGAUUGAAAAGAUGGAAGAUGAAAUCGCCAAACAUAGAAAGAAAGAUUUGGAAGCCAUUAAACUAUGCAUGUCAAUGCCUGAAAAAUUAGAAUUAAUAGAAGCCGGUAAAGCUGGUCCUGUUGGUGGAGAUCCACCCAGUCCACGAUGUUCCACGCCUCACUCGCCAAAGGAAACAGCUGAAUACCUGAUAAAUGACCUACCCACAAUAGACAACAGUAUGCAAAUGGACCAUUCUCUUACAGAUAUAAGUCUACAGAAUGGACUUUGGGACGACUCAGGGGAAAUCAAUGUUGUAGAUUUACCAAUGACCACACCAACACUUUCUAAUGGUCAUGUGACUUUGUCAGCGUCCACCGCUACAAUUCCUGUAAAGAUAUCAUUAGCCAAUGGAGCUGUAUAUCAGGGAAACUUCGCCUGUACAGCGUCACCAAUGACGUCAGGGAAUUCAUCACAAAUACCGUCCUAUGUGUUAUCGGCACAAAUCUAGUCACCAUAAAGUGUUCAUACAACCAUUCCAUGUUAAACCAAGGGAGCAGUCAUUGUAUACAACGAACUUAUUGUUGAUUUUAAAUUGUUAUUUUAUAGAUGACUGUAACUCAAAGGUUAAAGUUGAACUUUUUCUUUGAGAUGUUAUUAAUUGUUGUUAAGACAAUUUGAAUGCUAAAGUCUGUAAAAUAUUUAUGUAGUGAAUAAAUCUGUUCUUUAUGGUUUGCUUAACUUUCAGUUAAGAUAAAGAUUAGCAUAUAUUUAUAGCAGCUUAUUUUAAUUUAUUUUCUGUGGUUUCUUAAUUACUAAAAAAAUCUUUAUCACCAAUAAGGUCAGGGCAAACUUGCAGAUUUUAUUAGAAUAAAGAGUGUUGUACUAGUUUCUGAUUUUUGUAAAAUUAAGAAAUUCAAAUUAAUGCUAACCAGGUAAUUUAAGAAUACUAUUUAAUGUUCCUAAAUGUUUAGUUAGAAAUCAAAUUGAUUCAAGAUGCCAAGUGUCAUUUUUCACAAGCAUAAAAACAGAAUGAUAUUUAUUCACAAUCUGUUACGGUAAUUAAAGAGAGAUUUGCCAUUUAACUAUCAUUUCAUCAUAAACUUAGCACUAAGUAUCCAUUAAGGAUGUAUUAUUCUUGAUCUCAAUAUGACCUUCUAGUGAAGUUUAGGCUGUGUAUAUAUUGCUUAAAGAAGUAGACAUAUUUAGAACUAACUUAGGCUUGCUUUAUCUCUAUAUAUUUCUCUGCAGAAUCUAUCAAUGUGCUGAUAGGUGUAGAUUUAAACUUUUAUGAUUAUUAAAAACAAAAAUGGGAAAAAUCUUUGUUCAUAAAUAAAAUUUUGAACUAUAAAACUUUUGCCAUUUUAAACCACUUGCUGUUUAUAUUGCUACAUGUAUAGGUAAAAGCUCAUUUAGCUUCCACAGUUAUCUCCCUUGAGUGAAUGUUGUAUAUUUUUUAUAUUUUUUAUAUUUAUUGAAUUUGUCAGAAUAGCUCUUACCAGGCAGCUUACAGUGUUAUUACUAGAUAUAUAUGGCCAGCGUUCACCUCUGUUGGGUUCAACUCUGUAAAUGGGGCUUAUUUGGGGUUCUGGGUUCAACACUGUAAAUGGGGCUUAUUUGGGGUUAUGGCUUCACCCCUGUAAAUGGGGCUUAUUUGGGGUUCAUUGCCAUAACCUGUGUUAUAAAUAGAUGUAGAAUAGAUAUGAGGAUAUAUCUGUUUGGGGGAAACCAGUGCCCAUGUAAAAUAUGCUUUCCUUACAUCCAAGAAUAUGCUUUUUAUGUAUUAAAUUAUAGUCUACUUUUUAUCACAGAUUCCUUUUUUCCAUUACCCAUUUUUCUAGAACUUCAACUUCUUGUAAUUUGUUUAUUUUAAAGAAGUGACACGUUCAACCAGAGAAUCUGCUCUGAGUUGAUAUUCCCUUGAUAUAAUAUUUUUGAUUUCUUCAAUAAAUUCAUAAAAAUAAUGAAGCAUUUUCACCUACUGUUUAGAUGACAAUACCAAGGGGAAUUUUGGAAGUGCCUUAACCUAAUUUGUUUGGCCAUUUAUAUGUAACUUAUGGAGUAAUUUUGUAUUAGGGGAACCCAUAAAAUGCAUUUAUCACUGAACCAUACGACCAUACAAUUUAUAACAAUGGAUCUCAUUUUAGUAUACACAAUAUUUAUAGGGCAAAUUAUCUAUAAAGUGUUAAUGUUGUUAAUGAUGUAUAUAUUUAGUUGAUUUUCAGUGUAAAUGUUUGUAAAAUUAUCUUUUUUACAUCUCUAAGUCAGGUGACAUCGUGUUCAGUACCGGGAGUGUUCAGUCAAACUUUUGUAUACAUGUAUAUAUACUUUGAUAGACUUUCGUAUACAUAUAAAUCUUUUUGUAAUUAGAAGAUUUUAGAUUUGUUUUAUGUGAUUUAUAUAAUUGAACAUGCAGGGAUUCAUGUUGUCGAGAUACUAGUUUUAAACUUAGCCGUACAAAGAUUUCUGGUAAAACAAUUCAUUCAUAAUUAACAUUGUCAUGAUUGUGAAAUGUAGGGUAUUAAAUAUUUUUAGUCAUCGAAAUACUGCAGGAUUGAGAGAGAAAUUCAUUAUUAAACUAUUAAAAAAGGUUAAUCAAAUUUGUUUUGGGUUUUAAUUGAAUUUGAACACUUUUUUGGCGAAAUUCAUAUUAUGACUAGGUUCAAAAAGUUGUUUUCAAAAGAAUAAAAAUAACGUGUUGCCCUUGAAACUUUUUGUUGGAAAAUCUGCAUAGAGAAAUUUUCUGAAUUAAUAUUUUAAACAAAUGCAGUGCCAGAAAAAUUUGAAUAAAUGUUUAAAUUCCAGGGAGGGGGGGACAUAACUCUAAAAACUUAUAAAAUUAUCAUUUAGGAAUAGAAUCAUAAACAUGUAUGUAUGUUGAGCAGAAAUUUUAAACUAUUUUUUAUAUCAUUAGUUUAGAUAAUUGUUGGAAAUAAUGGUGCAACAUUGUAAUAAUUGAUUGCAAUUGUUUAAAGUGAAUUCUGGGAAUUCAUUACAUUUAUAAUUACAAUUAUAUUAAUAUUAGUAUUGACCUUUAUGGAGCUCAACAUUUAAAAAAAAACUAGCUAUAGUAUGUAAAGGGUGUAGAACGGUUGAAUCUAUUUUCUUUACAUCUGUUUACCUGUUUUACUGGAAACAUCAAUGGGUUAUCUCCCGUCAAUAUAAAUAUUUUGCUUAGUAUUUUGCAUAUUGGCCUUUUUAAGUAUCAAUUACUAUUACUGUUGUAAAAACUGUUAUUAUUGAGCAAAAGUUGUAAAUAACAUGGAAAAAACGUGAUAAGAUAGCUUAUCCUGAUGUAGAUGUUUCAAUUAAAAACAAAAUAAUAGAUGACUUUAUGUUAACGUUUUUUUCACUAUAUUUCUGUCAAUUUUGCAAGCUUGAUGUGGACGGGAAAUAAAAAGACUUAAACACGUGCCGUGUGAUCUAUUUUUAGAUAUUUGUUGUAUGAUGUGUAUAAUUGGUACUGAAUUAUUGUUUUUUAAGAUGUAUAACUGGUACAGAAUUUAUAGUGUUUUUAAUUUUGUAAAUAUUUACGAUGAACAAAAACAACAAAUAGUGCUUGUUCUUAUAUAUAUAUAUACAUCAUGUCCAAACAUAUCUGUUGAAGUUCCUAAUUUUGACAGAACUGCAUCCAAACUGGUAUAGAAUAAAAAUCAAAACAUUUAACCGACCUGUUGAAAUUUAAAAUUUCAUCAGCUUUCAUUUGGUUUACAGUUUCUAAAACUGAAUUACAUGAUAAAGAAUUUUCUAAAAGUAAGACAUAUUUAAUAUUUUUGCAUACACUGUAUAUAAUUGUUUGUAAAGUAAUAACAAACUUUCAGUGCAAUAUGUUGUUUAGACUAUUCAAAGUAAUGUUUGGAGAUGGGUUUUUUCACAAUGCAGCUGAUUAUUUGCCAUUGAAUUUAUGUGUUCAGUAUAAAUGAAUUUUAUGACUUUUUACUGAAGAUUGUUAGAAUAUGUGUGUGAACUUAUUAAAUAAUGUUUGGACUACA